AUGAAGGCGGCCCGAUUCAUGAUGCGCAGCGCCGGCUCGCUGAGCGGCGCUGGCCUGGUCCCACGCGAGGUCGAGCAUUUCUCGCGCUACAGCCCGUCCCCACUGUCUAUGAAGCAGCUGCUAGACUUUGGUUCGGAAAAUGCAUGUGAAAGAACUUCUUUUGCAUUUUUGCGGCAAGAAUUACCUGUGAGGCUAGCCAAUAUCCUAAAGGAAAUUGAUAUCCUCCCUGAUCGAUUAAUAAAUACUUCUUCAGUGCAAUUGGUUAAAAGCUGGUAUAUCCAGAGUCUGAUGGACUUGGUGGAAUUCCAUGAGAAAAGCCCAGAGGACCAGAAAGCAUUAUCAGAUUUUGUAGAUGCACUCAUCAAAGUUCGAAACAGACACCAUAAUGUAGUCCCUACAAUGGCACAAGGAAUCAUAGAAUAUAAAGAUGCCUGCACUGUUGACCCAGUCACCAAUCAAAAUCUUCAAUAUUUCUUGGAUCGUUUUUACAUGAACCGGAUUUCAACACGUAUGCUGAUGAACCAACACAUUCUUAUAUUUAGUGACUCACAGACAGGAAACCCAAGCCACAUUGGUAGCAUUGAUCCAAACUGUGAUGUGGUGGGAGUGGUCCAAGAUGCCUUUGACUGUUCAAGGAUGCUUUGUGAUCAGUAUUAUUUAACAUCUCCAGAAUUAAAACUCACACAAGUGAAUGGAAAAUGCCCUGGCCAACCAAUUCACAUUGUGUAUGUUCCUUCUCACCUUCAUCAUAUGCUCUUUGAACUGUUCAAGAAUGCAAUGAGGGCAACGGUUGAACACCAGGAAAACUGGCCUUCCCUUACACCAAUCGAGGUGAUUGUUGUCUUGGGAAAAGAAGACCUUACAAUUAAGAUUUCAGACAGAGGAGGUGGUGUACCACUGAGGAUCAUUGACCGCCUCUUCAGUUAUACAUACUCUACUGCACCAACGCCUGUGAUGGAUAAUUCCCGGAAUGCUCCUUUGGCUGGCUUUGGUUAUGGCUUGCCAAUUUCUCGUCUUUAUGCUAAGUAUUUUCAAGGAGAUCUGAAUCUCUACUCUUUGUCAGGAUAUGGAACAGAUGCUAUCAUCUACUUAAAGGCUUUAUCAUCCGAGUCUAUAGAAAAACUCCCAGUUUUUAACAUGUCGGCCUUUAAACAUUAUCAGAUGAGCACAGAGGCUGAUGACUGGUGUAUCCCCAGUAAGGAACCAAAGAACCUAGCAAAGGAAAAAGUGGCUGUGUGAAGAAGGAUACUCGGGACACUUUAAGGGAUCAGAGUGCUUCUACAUCAGUGCAGCUUCCUGAACGUUCACAUGCAAACUCGUCUUUCCUAAAAACAAGCAGCAGCAACAGAAACUCCUGAAUCAAAAUAUGGAUCAAGGAGGAAUGAGGCUCAUUUUUGUGACAUAGGAGAGCAUAGUACACUACUACAGGAGUUAACAGAAGGCCAAAUCUGUAUUUUACUUCACUUAGAACAUCUCAUGAGUUUCUAGCAGACCCUGAAGAAGAGAUAGUCCUCAGAUUUCCAUCUCUUUAGGACUAGGAAAGGGAAUUAAUGCAAACACAUAGGUUACCAAUGUCAGUAUACUGAGAUUGUAGACCUCCUGUUGAUGUCAUAAGAUAAUGGUGUUUACUGAAUAUCACGUGUCAAUAUAAUAGUAUUCUCCUGUCAUUCAAAGGAUUAGGGCUGAGUUUAUAUUAUAUGAUUAGAAAUGUAUGUAAAUGUACAUCUU